AUGGACGUGGAAACCGACCCGACCCUCAAACCCACCGAUCAAAACGCCCAAGAUGCAGACGACCUCGCGGAAUUUGGGCAUGAGCAGAUUCUGGCUCGCAAAUUCAACAUCUGGAGCAUGCUAGCCUUGGCAUUCUGUGUGUUAGGAACAUGGUCUACUUUUGCACAGGACCUAUCCGACGGUCUGAUUAAUGGCGGUCCGGUCUCCAUUCUGUGGGGUUUAUGCCUUGUGACGUUUUGCAACACAUGUGUGGCAGUCUCACUGGGUGAAAUCUGCAGCAGUAUGCCUACGGCUUUGGGCCAGGCAUACUGGGUGUAUCGCCUAUGGGACUCUCGGUUUGGGAGAUUUUUGUCAUACAUGUGUGCUUGGAUCAAUGUCUUUGGAUGGUGGACUUUGGCUGCAUCUCAGGUGGCAUUCAUGACCAAUUUCCUCUUGGGCAUGAAAGUUAUGUUCUAUCCCGAUUGGACUGGUGCGUCAAAGGGGUGGCUGGAGUUUGUGGUGUACAUCGGAUGUGUCUUUGUUCUCACACUGAUCAACGUGGUGGGAUGUCGAAGGGAGAAGUUCCUGCCAUGGAUGAAUAAUUUUGUUGGAAUCUGGUUCUUUGGGCUUUUCUUCGUCUUUUGCUUUGCUCUGCUCAUCUCUGUGGGUACAAGAGACGGUCUCGCUUUCCAGCCCGCCACUUUCACCUUUGGGAAAUGGAUCAAUCAAACUGGAUGGCCUGAUGGUGUUGUCUGGUUCAUUGGUCUUGUUCAGGCGGCUUAUGGACUGACUGCGUUUGAUGCUGUCAUCCAUUUGGUAGAAGAAAUACCAGCCCCUCGCCAAAAUGCUCCGAAGGUUAUUUACCUCGCCGUGAUAUCUGGAGCUAUCAGUGGGUUUAUCCUGAUGAUGGUAUGCCUUUUCUGCAUCCAGGAUAUCAACUCCGUUGUCAAUUCUGCUAGCGGACUUCCCUUCAUGGAACUUGUGCAACAAACAGUCGGCCAAACCGGCGGCGCAGUACUGAUGGCUCUGUUUGUCACCAACGGUCUCGGACAAGGAAUCAGUAUUGUCACCACAGCAUCUCGGCUUACCUGGGGAUUUGCACGUGAUGGUGGACUGCCGUUCAGCACAUACCUUUCUGAAGUCAGCCCUUACUGGAAAGCUCCUGUUCGAGCACUGUGGUUCCAGGGUGCAAUCAUCGCAUUGGUCGGGGUUCUGUUCUUAUUUGCAGAAACUGUGUUAAACGCCAUCCUCAGCGUCAGCACCAUUGCUUUGACCAUUUCAUAUGGCUUGCCGAUUAUGACUGUCCUAUUGAUGGGUCGAGACAAACUUCCACACGGUGGUCAGUUCCAUCUUGGAAAGUUCGGACCUGCCGCAAACUGGGUGUCCCUGGUCUACUGUUGUGUGACGACUGUGUUCUUCUUUUUCCCCAGCGCACCCAAUCCUUCCGGUGGGGACAUGAACUAUGCCAUUGGUGUCUUCGGGGUGAUGCUUGUGAUCGCUGUCUCUUUUUGGUUUGUUCAAGGGAGUCGAACCUAUCUGAACACAGAGGAGUCCAUGCCGCAUGUGAUCCAGGCUCAUGCAAUCGAGCGUGAGCUGGCUCCACCUGAACCGAAGAAAGAAGACCAAUAA